AUGGAACACGGAUCGAUGGAGACCUAUUUCGGUCUCAUCAAGACCCCGCACGAUGCCCUUGUCGUCUUUGAAGGCAACCCACAGUUGCAGGUCCAAAUCCAGCCCAGCCCAGCCCAGCCCAACCCAACCCAGCCUACCUGUCGCCUCGGCCAUCUCUCUCGCGUACAUCGCCGUCUUUCAGAUAUCGAGCGUCAGUGCGUCCGUUCUGGAUCCGUCUAUUGCUUCGACGAGCGCGAGGCCGGCAUGCGUCGCUGGACUGAUGGCAAAAGCUGGAGUCCCAGUCGCGUCACCGGCAGCUUUCUUACCUAUCGCGAGCUUGACGAUUCCCAGGGCAACCAUACUGGUAAGAAUGUCUACCGCGACAAGGGCCUGUUGAAGCAAUCCUUCAGCAUCACGACCUCGGACAACCAGAAGCUCCACCUUAUCUCGUAUUACACAAAUGACGAUGUCAACUCUGGACGUCUUCAUAACACGCCGACCCUGGAUCUGCGUUUCACCGACAUUGUCGUCCCCAAGGGUGUUUAUCCAGAGACGGGAGCUCAUGGUGAACACUCUGCCCCAUCUGUGAGCCAGUCCAGCCCUUCGCCUCCUAUGCCGAACCGCCCCAGACAUCGUCCCCGAGAGGAGGACGCUUCGUCGCUACGCGUAGAUGCUAAGGCUGGUACUCAUCAUCGCCAUCGCCGAAACGACUCGGCAUCUUCGACGCAUUCUACCCAUCGUCGUACCAACUCUGGCUCUCUUGGCUUGAAAGAUCAUCGCUAUUCGCCGAUCCAGACGACUGAGGGAAAGCAUGUUGGCUCCCGAUCUCGUUCUAACAGCAACCUUGCUGUAUACUCGUCUUCGGCCCCCAAGAGUACCUUCCAUGACCAACGAUUCAAAUCCUCGAGUCCAUCUGCACCCAACACCUACUCUCCAGCUGCUUCGUGGGCCUCUGAUGAUGACCAUCCCAUUGCAGCUGAUGGAAUGAUGGCUGAGCCGAUGCAUUUCCACAGGCCUACUGGAGGCGCGGCACCAAUGGCGAUUCCAGCACUGGCUGAACUUCCUCCUCUCCAUCAUGGCUACGGGAGCAAGCCCAAGGAUCGCGCCAGGAAUCCUCACGAACAGGAUUCGCUUUCUGUCCUUGCCAACCUUGCAGCACACUCGAUGCUGUUGCCCAAGCUGGAGCCUAAAGAAAUGUCAAGGGAAAAGUCUCGCUGGGUCGAGGACGAUCGCCAGCUGCGUGCCUUGUCUUCGAUGCUCCGUCUUUAA